AUGGGUCAUGUGCGAGAAGAGCUUCCAGGCUCUGCAGUUCUGAGUCAUACACUUCAUGGUUAUCUUUUUGCCUCCACAGAAAUAGAAAAGUUUCAAAAAGGAGAAGGAAAGGAUGAAGAAAAGUACAUUGAUGUGGUGAUUAAUAAGAACAUGAAGCUGGGACAGAAAGUGUUAAUUCCUGUAAAACAGUUCCCUAAGUUCAACUUUGUGGGGAAGCUUUUGGGUCCACGUGGCAAUUCUCUGAAGCGUUUGCAAGAAGAAACCUUGACAAAAAUGUCCAUCCUUGGAAAAGGUUCCAUGAGAGACAAGGCAAAGGAAGAAGAGUUAAGGAAAAGUGGAGAAGCAAAAUACUUUCACCUCAAUGAUGAUCUCCAUGUUCUCAUUGAAGUGUUUGCCCCGCCAGCAGAAGCUUAUGCCCGGAUGGGACAUGCUUUGGAAGAAAUCAAAAAGUUUCUCAUCCCUGACUAUAAUGAUGAAAUCAGGCAAGCCCAGCUCCAGGAAUUAACAUAUUUGAAUGGUGGUUCAGAAAGUGCAGAUGUCCCAGUGGUUCGAGGGAAACCCACCUUGCGUACAAGAGGUGUACCAACCCCAGCAAUAACGAGGGGAAGGGGAGGAGUCACAGCCCGGCCAGUUGCAGUUGGUGUACCACGAGGGACGCCAACUCCCAGGGGAGUCCUUUCCACCCGAGGGCCAGUGAGUCGGGGAAGAGGACUACUCACUCCCAGAGCAAGAGGAGUCCCCCCAACUGGGUACAGACCUCCACCACCACCCCCAUCACAGGAGACCUAUGGAGAAUAUGACUAUGAUGAUGGAUAUGGCACUGCUUAUGAUGAACAGAGUUAUGAUUCCUAUGAUAACAGCUAUAGCACCCCAGCCCAAAGUGGUGCUGAUUACUAUGAUUACGGACAUGGACUCAGUGAGGAGACUUAUGAUUCCUACGGUCAAGAGGAGUGGACUAACUCAAGACACAAGGCACCUUCAGCGAGGACAGCAAAGGGCGUCUACAGAGACCAGCCAUAUGGCAGAUACUGAUUGUACUGUCUGAUGUUGUGAAUAGCCAAUCUCCACCAGUCCUGUAUACUGUUCAAAGUAAUUUUUUUCUAUGAACAAUCCCUUUUUAAAUAAAUCAAAAUGCUUUAAAUCUGAAUGGAUGGAACUUAAAACUACUUUGUUGAAACAUCAACCUGGGCAGAAAAAAAAGACAUGUAAAAUUUUGUUAUUUCCAAUCUGUAUAUGAAAAAAUAGGUCAUCAAAAGGAAAAAAAAUAACUUUGAUUAACUAGUGUUAAACAAAAAAAUAGGUUUACUAAAUAUGUUAAUCUAUUCUUUUAACUCAAGCCUCACCUUUCAUUUUAAAGGUUUCCAUAGAAUUUAGUUAUUUUAUCUUUCAGCCAUAUGCUAGUUUUCUUUUUCCUCUUGCCAACAUGCGUAAAAAGGGAAGCCAAUUACAAGUGCAAAUAAUGUGGUAUUCUUUUGUAACUCAAGUCUUGAAAUGUUCUGUAGUGUUAAGCAAAAUCUUCUCUUGCUUGAUACUAAAUAAACUUUUGAAAGAAA